CCCCUGCUGCCCCCGCCCGCGCUCGCCCCACCGGCCUCUGCUUGGCCCAGUGCAAAGUCCGGGCGGUGACUGCAGGUGGCGGGUCUGCCGCAGGCCCGGCGGGGGGAUGUCUCACGACACCAAGCUAUACCAAGAGGUGUCAAAGACCUGCUGGCCCAUUAUCUACUCACCAAGAUAUAACAUCACGUUCAUGGGUUUGGAGAAGCUUCAUCCUUUUGAUGCUGGGAAAUGGGGAAAAGUCGUCCAUUUUUUGAAAGAAGAAAAUUUCCUUACUGAUGUCAUGAUUGUGGAAGCUAGAGAAGCUACUGAAGAAGACCUGCGGGUGGUACACACACAAAGAUACUUGAAUAAGCUGAAGUGGUCCUUUGUAGUGGCAACCAUCACGGAGAUUCCACCUGUCAUCUGUCUUCCUAAUUUCCUGGUGCAGAGACAUGUUCUUAGGCCGCUAAGGACCCAGACAGGAGGAACCAUUAUGGCUGGGAAACUGGCUAUUGAACGAGGCUGGGCCAUCAAUAUAGGUGGUGGGUUCCAUCACUGCUCCAGUGACAGGGGAGGGGGAUUCUGUGCCUAUGCUGAUAUUUCACUUUCUAUCAAGUUUCUAUUUGAACGAGUGGAAGCAGUAUCGAAAGCCACAAUUAUUGACCUGGAUGCACACCAGGGGAAUGGCCACGAGAGGGAUUUCAUGGAUGACAGUCGGGUGUACAUCAUGGAUAUAUAUAAUCGCAACAUUUAUCCAGGAGAUAGUUUUGCUAAACGUGCCAUCAAACGGAAGAUUGAGCUGGACUGGGGAACAGGGGACAGAGAGUACCUGCAGAAAGUGACUCAACAUGUAGAAGAGGCGCUGAAAGAGCACAGGCCUGAUGUGGUGAUCUACAAUGCCGGCACAGACGUCCUGGAGGGUGACCCUCUGGGAGGACUCUCAGUUUCUGCCAGGGGCAUCGUGAAGAGGGAUGAACUGGUGUUCCAGGCUGCCCGAAAGCACAAUAUCCCUAUCCUCAUGGUGACCUCAGGAGGCUACCAGAAAGAGUCAGCACGGAUCAUAGCUGACUCCAUCCUCAACCUGUUCAACUUGGGCCUCAUUGACCAUACUGAUGCAGACUGAAAAGCCCAGUGCACUGUGUAAAUGACUGUGACCAUCUAACAGGCAGCCUUUGCCAUCCCUCUCCCGGAAAAUUUUUGUUUUCUAAAAAUCAGAUGCAACAGGCAACACUUUAACCGAGACUGGUGUCAGGGUCAGCUGCAAUACAACAGAUCUGAAGCCAGGACCCUGUAAGAUUCAUUUAUUUUUUUUUACCACUUUCAAAGACAACAGAAGGGGAAGGACCUGUUCUUGCUGAUCUGUUUCCAUGUAGAUCUCCAUCUUGUUCUGGAGAAUAGCUUGAGUCUCUGGGGGAGGGACAGGGGAACUCCCAACUUUCUCUUGGCCUGUGGCAAAAUCCCUGAGUGAUUGCUGCAUGAGCUGAUUGUGGAGAGAGGGAGGAGAUUGUGAGGAGAGGGAAAGUGGAGAGGAUAAGACAAAGAGAGCAGGGGCUUUGCCAGAGAAUCCUUAAAUGGAUAAUGACAGUGGGGUAAGCUCCCAUUUUAGAUUUUUGGAAACUACAUGAGGGAAUAAAGGAAAGGUAUGUAGAGGGAACAGUCCAAGAUCAGGCUUGCAGAUGAAUCAUGGGUAAGUAGUGAGGAAAGAUGUGGAGGUCAUGAAGGGCAGGGGCAAAGUGAGAUAUAGUGAAGUCUGAUUGAUAACCAAGAAUUAGGAGACCACUGGUAGUGGGGAAAAGACCCCCUUCUAUCAGUGAUCUCCUUCCCUCUCUUCUUUCUGUCUUCCUCCAAUCUGCACUUCCUUUUUAUUUCUCCUACCUUUUUCUUCCCUCAUUUCCUACUUUUUCCUUCUUUGGUUGUCCUUAUUUCUUUUUUUCCUUUUCCUUCUCCCAAUCCCCAUUUUUUGUCUUAUCAACUCUUCUGAUGAAAGAAGAGAAUUAGGGUUUUGUUUUCUUUUGUUUUUCUUUUUUGAGGAAGGAAGGGGUAAAACUGGGGUAUUUCCCAAUGUAGAGAAGAAGCCAGAAGGUCUCAGUCUCUCCUGUUUUGGAUAAGCCUCCCUUCCGUGAUUGCAGACAUUAGAGAAGGCAAAUUGAAGUUAUGGGGUCUGGAAACAAUCUCAGAACCCCUGGAUUUUAUGUCCUUUUUUCAGGACUAACAUGAGGUUCUAACUGUCCAUUGGAUACCUGUUUGGGCUGGGACUUUGUUCUUGAAUCAAGAGAUAGUUGUGAAGACAUUGGGCUACCCCCUCCACACCCCCCCCCCCUCUCCUCCCCCCCCCGCAAAGUGAGCCAAAGAGAAGGUUGAAAUGUGACUCCUACAAACUUCCUGUUAAAUCUUAGGCAAAGCUCAAGGUAAAAACACUCUACAGCCUCAUGUAUUUAGCUAUAGCAGAGAUGAAAGAGAAAGAGGACAGAGAGAGAAAGAGAGAGAGAAUGUAAAGGCAUUACUCUCCAAUAUACUCUCACCUAUCCAAGGUGAGAGGAAUGUUUUGUUUUUUUUUUUUUUUUGGGGGGGGGGAAGAAUGUGCAUUAUAGGGUUUGUACCAUGGCUAAAAAUCUUCUUUCUAAAGACCUGAAAAAGUGGUUCUAGGAUAGGGUCUUAUCUUUGGGUGUUCUCUGGAUGAGAAAGAAGCUCAAGAUUAAGGCAACCCUGGACCUCUGAUUUCUUACGAGAGUACCAGAGACACAUUUAUUGGCUAUUAAGAAGGGAAAAGGCUCACUGAUAGAGAAGUGUUUCCUUUGAAAGGGUCUUGGAAAAUGGCUCCUUUCCAAUGUGAUCAUAGGGCAUGUACCUAUGUACAUAGUACAUAGGGACUUCAUCAAAAACCUUAGAAAGUUUGGGAUAGAGGAGAACUUAGAAUAUAGAAUGUCAGAACUAGAAGGGACCUUGGAGAUCAUCCAGUUGAGUAAUCAUUUUAUAUAUGGGGAAACUGAGAUCCAGAAAAAGGACCCAUAGGAGUCCAAAGUCCCAUAAUCUGUUGUCUUUGAUGGGUAUUUACUUGAGGAGAAUGUAAAAGCUGUUACACUGAGGCAACUAGAAAAGAUGAAACUGAACAAACCAUGCUGCUUUCCAGGGCCUCAGUUUCCUCAACUGCCAAAUGCCAGAUGAUCACUGAGAUUCAUUCAAGUUUUAGAUUUGUGAUACUGUGACCUUCCCUCAACAUAAAUGAGGGCAUUUGAAGACAGAUUGGUUAUGAAGGGAUACUCUAAGUUAUCUCCUUAUCACCAUUCACUGGGGAAUUCCCUGAGGCUUUGAUUUUGGCAGCUUUUAAGUAUGACUUUACCCAGUGAAUGGCUGUUGUUUAAAUGGAGAGCACAUGCUUUGAUUUGAGAGACUGCCCAUCCUGGGGUAAGGAAUACAUGGUAGUGGAAAUCCAGAGAUCUGAGCUCCAGCCCUAACUUGGUCACUGUAGGACUAAAUGAUCUUGGAAGAGUCAUUUCUACUCCCAUGACCUCUUCCGUAAAAAGAGAGGGUUGCACUAGUUCUUAAAUAAGAUUCUGGUGUUGCUGCCUGUUAAGAAAUUUGGAAAUCUCUGCCACUAAUUCACCAUGUAACCUUGGGUAAUGUACUUAAUUCUAUUUGAGCCUCAGUUUCCUCAUCUGUCAAAUGAGGAUAAUAAUACCUGCUCUACUUACUUUAUAGGGGUGUCUCAAGAAGCAAAUUAAAUAGUAAUAAUAUUUAAGAAGCACUUUGAAAAACAAGAAAGCACUAUUUAAAUGUAAGGUAUUAUUUUUAAUAAUAUUAAUAAUAGGGUUACUUAGUUUUUUCUGCUUGUGAUGAUAGGAUCCCUUGUGGACAGCUGGCCAGAAGUGCACCAGGUUCCAGAGACUCCUGCUCCCAUCAUGCAGGAGGGACUUUGGGCACCACCUGGUACCUGCCCACUCCCUGCUUCCUCACUUCCUCACUCCCCACUUUGGCCACAUACAAUGCACUUUGAAACCUGUUAACUUGUUUUCUAGAUUUGUCAGAUUCGUGGUACUUGAUGAGUUUUUGUUAUUUUUUAUAAGAUUAUUUAUAUAAAGCUAAAAUGCAUUGCUAGCACCAUCUUGUCUUUCAUAGGUGGGGUGGGGACAGUGGGAAUUGUCUUUGUGGUUAACUUGUUUCUGUCACUUUUGGAAAUCACUAAAACUAUUUCAACUGA